AUGGCCGGAGAAACCAGCUCUCUCUUCCUCCAUUCUUCUCCGCUGCCUCAUCUGACAAGAAGCCCCGAUGACGAAGUCCCGGUCUUGGUUCAGAGAGCGCAGGGUGUGAAAGCUCUGGACCCGGCAUUUGACACCUUUCUGGUUUCUUACAAUCACGCUUUUUUGGAUGUCUUCAACCGCCAGGUGGAACUGAUCAAAUCACGUUCGCAGGCGUUCGAAGAUGGCCAUGUUACGGUCUUCGACAAGACACUGCUAAUUCUCACCGAGAAUGGAGCAAACUUAAACAACCCCGCUGCUAUCAGGUUCUACUGCAAAGAAUAUCUGAACAUCGACAUCGGAAGUCGUGACGAUGCCCAGGAAUUGACACAAAAACUCCAGCAGACCGUGCUAGUGCCAGAGACCUUACAACAGGAACUGUCCUCAGGUAAGACGAGCCUAGUUCCGAAAGAUGCUGGGGACAAGCGUCCACGACUGUUACCUGUCGAUCCAAAUCUGCGCAAAGACAUGGAACCCCGAUUGGCAGUUUUGUGGUCUGUCUAUGAAACUGCUCGAGCAGAAUAUCUCGCUGUGAUCGACAAGGACGACAAUGACAUGGCAGUCAAGAGAGCCAAAUUCCUUCGUGACACGGCCGAAAACAUCCUCCUCUACCUCGAGAACAGGGUUGCUGAUCCCCUGAUGAUUGCGGAGCUCGAAGGGACAUUCAAACAUGCUAAGGACACGGCGGUCUGCUUGACUGGCGGCAAGAAGCGCAAAUUCGAUCCAUCGGAAAUGGACCAGGUCAAAGGAACGCCGCGCGGGCCAAGCCUGCCGUUCAGGAAGAAAGAGAAAAAUCGCGCAAGGGUAGGUAGCGAUACAGGCGGUCAAAAGUAUUACCAUCAUCUGGAUAUCUUGAGUGGUUAUGCUGGUGAGAUGGCGAGCUCUUACGGAUGGGCCAGCUCUGAUCUUCCCACCGCACACGGCCACCCUCCUCGGGCUAGAUACUCAGACACAUACCCAUACAAUGACCGCGACUCGCACCGUCUGGGAUAUGCUGCCGCGCCGGGCAGAGAUCAUCCACACAGCUUUUACAAUGACGAUCAAGAGUACGUCUCGGGGUGUGGCCCAUUGAGUGCUGCCGUUUCCCGCGGUCGCCAGAAUCGUCGUCUCAGCGGCUCCCGUACCAGAGACUCAGCGGACGAACGAGGAACCCCGGCUAGCUCCGAUUAUCAGGACAUCACGGAAGGCGCGCGCGGAAAGAGCCUCAACCCGUCGCCACCGAGAUCAUCGUCUCCAAAGCGCCACCACCGACGACAAGACCGCAUAAGGGACGGGAGCCCCCGACGACGCUCCAUAUCAUCACCCGCAAACGACCGAGGAGGAGGAACCGACCGAGCAUACUCGCGCGAUCGUAGCCGUCGACGCUCGAGGUCGCCGGUGAAUGACCGAGGUGGAUGCAUCGACCGAGCAUACCCCCUUGGUCGACGAUACGAGCAGGAGCGCGCCCGCGACAGACCCCACCCUGACGACAGGCUUAACAACAGGGGCCGUCCGAAGAUUCCCAUGUUAGGACGUGGGCACAGCUCGGUCCCCUACGGCUAUGGCAACUACAGGAUGGUGGACUCGUAUGUGCCCAGUCGCGUUCGGAGUCGCGGGCGGCAUGUCCCCUGA